GCGCAUUGCCCGCUCCCGCUCCGCUGUGCUGUGCCCGCAGCUGUUCGGCUACUUGGACUACGAGGGCAGCGACGACGCGGUGUGUUUUUUUUUUUCGUGGGGUCUUUUCUUUCAGUGUCAGUGUGGGUUGUUUCCCCGCCCCCUUACGUCCUUGUUUUUUUUUUUGUUUUUCAUUUUACGCCUCUUCUACUUUUCUGUUUGCUGAUGUGAAAUGCUGCUUAAGCAGCUGCAUUGUGGCGCCCGGUCGGUGAUGUAAUUCCGCAGCGGCGUUUUCCUUCCCGUCCAGGAGUCCCAGUCCGAGCGGGCCAGGGGGUCGUCUUCCGCAGCCAGGUACCGAUCACCUUGACGGGGGCAGUGACGGCUGUGCGGGAUUGCUGACGGAGGCCGCGUCUGCAGCUGCAGGCCCCUCUGCCUCCAUUAGAUAUGGGAAUCCUGUUCACGAAGCUCUGGAGGCUGUUCAACCAUCAAGAGCACAAAGUUAUCAUCGUGGGUCUGGAUAAUGCUGGGAAAACCACCAUCUUGUAUCAGUUCUCCAUGAAUGAAGUUGUGCACACGUCCCCCACAAUCGGCAGCAAUGUAGAAGAAAUCGUCGUUAACAAUACGCAUUUCCUCAUGUGGGACAUUGGCGGGCAGGAGUCCCUGCGAUCGUCUUGGAAUACGUACUACACGAACACGGAGUUUGUAAUCAUCGUCGUGGACAGUACGGACCGAGAGAGGAUUUCAGUGACGAGAGAAGAAUUGUACAAAAUGCUGGCACAUGAGGACCUGAAGAAAGCGGGGCUGCUAAUCUUUGCAAACAAGCAAGAUGUCAAAGGGUGCAUGUCAGUAGCUGAGAUCUCCCAGUACUUGAAGCUGACCUCCAUUAAAGACCACCAGUGGCACAUACAGGCCUGCUGUGCCUUAACCGGAGAGGGGCUUUGCCAAGGACUGGAGUGGAUGAUGUCACGACUUCGUCUUAGAUGACCUCUGCUGACCCUUUGGACUGAGUUUUGUUUUUUUGUUUUUUCCGUUGAUUUUUGUUCCUUUUUUUAUUUUUAAUAACAAGCUCUCCAGCUUGUGCGUCUGAACGCUCGACUGAGCCCCGCGGGACUCGGUGAUUAUUUAUUGAAUCGGCCACGACUCUCGCACACUGGCGGCUCAGGGUGGGCCGAUAGUAUUUGGGGGUGCUGAAGAGGGUGUGGCGUUGACCCCGGUGACCUGUUGACAGUAUUUAACGGUGACAUUACCGUCGUAUUCAGAGCUCACUGUAAAAACGGAGCGACGCCCGUUGAUGGUGGAACACAAUGACACUUGGGUUUGGAUUUAAACAAAUCGAUGCUCUAAUAAUCGGGGUCCACGUGGGCUUCACGCUGUGCCAGUCGUUAGUGUUAACCAGAAGGGAAGCCGUUGGAUUUGAAAGUGUGGCGGCGCCCGGACACGAGUUACUCGUGAAAUGUUUGCCUCUGGGGUCCCCUCGAUUUCGCUGGCGUGCCGCGGUGUUCUUCUGUUUGAAAGCUCCAAGGAAGGCGUCUCUCAUCUUGUGCAGGAUUGCGUACAAAUGGACUGCUGCCCCCCAUGCGAGGCGAUGCACGAGGUGACUGUGCUCGGUCAUCUGAGGAAGCUUUAGGGCGCCCUCCAGAGGUGUACGCCGAGCUGAAUCAUGGUUGCUCUUUUCUCUGCUCCUCUGUGGGGUCCUCAGCAUGGACGCCGGGUCGCUGUCCCCUUAACGAUAAGUGACAGGGAGGAACGGGAGAGUCGCUUUCAUUUCUAACAGAUGGCGGCACCCGCUGCGCAUUUUCUGUCUGUGAAUGUCGGUGAACACGACGACGAGACACGGCCUUCUGCCGAUUUAAUCACACGGUGGUGUCGAGGUGGGCAGCGCCCCUCGUGCGGUUAGUCGCUGUCUUGUUGUCACUGAAGCUCUGGUGUGGCGUGUGGAGGCGUCUCCUCUCAUCUUCUGCCUCUGCUGCCCGCCGUUCUGCGUGGACUCGGCGGUUUCUGCUCCUCUGUCCUCCACAAGAGAAUCAUGUAAGCGGGUUUGUCCAGUAAAGACCCUGCUGAAGCCCCCCUUCUUUUUAACGGCACAGCCUGUGCUUUGCUUCUCCUUUCUUUUUUUUUUAGGUUUUUCCCUUUGUCCCUUUGAGUGACGAUGACAGAUGUGACAGGCACCACGUGUGACACGGCGUGUGAUGCUCUUCUUUUACAUUUUUUUUUUGGUGGGGUCUUCACUUCAUGGAAUCUUCUGUUUUUAGCUGAUUGACGCCCGAGCACCAGCCAUUUCCACGAGUCUGUUGGGCGGGUGGGUGGCCGAGUCGGACACUAAGCUGCUGAGACCAUGGAGCGAGUCCUCAGUCACUUUGGGGGGCCUGCCGGUAAACUUUUGGACAUUUUCCAGACUCCUAAACGAAUCUCCUUCUGUUACAAAUGAAGUUUGGGGGGCAGUGCUGACAAGGACCUCGGAGGGUCACCCGUCCCGGCCCAGCAGUAUUGAUGGCUGAUCAUGUCGAUGGGUGGACGUCAGCGAGGAGCUGCACUCUGCUUUGUGUUUUUAAUGACAGCGGGCGUCCCAAACUGUCCCAGGACGUCUCUCUUGUAAAUAUCCCAGAAUUCUCAAAGAUGGACGCGUGCUUUUUCUUUUUCAAACUUGGCUCGAGCCCACCUUCGGUUGUGUGUUUUUGCCCAUGAUGUGCAUUGACAUGAAGCGACAGUAUUAGACAUGGGGGGGAUUGGGGGGGGGGGGGGGCGCCUUUGUGAGUCGCACAUUUGCAGAGCCUUUGAUGGGUCAUUUCUAAGAAAAAUUAAAAAGAAACCAAAGCUA